GUGCAUUUGCUGACCAAUUGAAGGACGACCGAAUCGACCAGAAUACCUGUUUCCUCUUUGCUUGCAUGCAGCUUGUAGGUUAAGGAAGGUUAGCAGACACCCAUGGCGUCUUCCAUGGUGCGUCUCUUCCUCCUCGUCUUGUGCCCGUGUGCAGCCAUCGUGUCGGCCGGCCGGUACGACCCGCCGGGCGCGUCCUGCUACAAGCGCCUGUUCAGCCUGGGCGACUCCAUCACCGACACCGGCAACCUCGCCAGCGUGGCCCCCAACAGCUCCGUCCUGGCGUUCCCCUACGGCGAGACCUUCUUCCACCGCCCCUCCGGCCGCUUCUGCGAUGGCAGGCUCAUCGUCGACUUCAUAGCGGAGGCGUUGAAGCUUCCGUUCGUGACGCCGUUCCUCGCCGGGAAGACGGCGGCGGACUUCCGGCACGGGGCGAACUUCGCGGUGUCCGGCGCCACGGCGCUGGGCCAGCAGUUCUUCCGGGACAUGGGGCUGGACCUGGCCAUCCUGCCGCCCUUCUCGCUGGACGUGCAGCUGGGGUGGUUCGAGCGCGUGCUCCACUUGCUCGGCCCCACCGAGAAAGAGCGGCAGGACAUCAUGUCGAGCUCGCUGUUCCUGCUGGGGGAGGUCGGGAUCAACGAUUACAACCACCCCUUCUUCCAGAACCGGUCCUUCGCCGACGAGAUCAGGCCCCUGGUCCCGAAAGUUAUCGAGAAGAUCGAGAACGCCACCAAGGUGCUGAUCGGGCUUGGAGCAAAGAACAUCGUCGUCCCCGGGGCUGUCCCCCUGGGGUGCGUCCCUCGUUACCUGACCCUGUUCCAGAGCGACGACCCCGGCGACUACGACGGCGCCGGGUGCAUCCGGUGGCUCAACGAGUUCGCCGAGGAGCACAACCGCGCGCUCCGGCGCAUGCUGGGGCGGGUCCUCCGCGGCCCGGGGGUCGCCGUCGUCUACGCCGACUACUACGCCGCCGUCCAGGAGAUCACCCGCGACCCUCGCAAGCACGGGUUCAGCAAGGACGCGGCGCUGACGGCGUGCUGCGGCGACGGCGGCCCUCACAACUCCGGCGUGCUCAUCUCCUGCAACGCCACCUCGGUUCUGUGCCCGGACCCGUCGGAGCACAUCUCGUGGGACGGCUUGCACCUCACCGAGGCCGCGUACCGGCUCGUGGCGCUGGGCGUGCUGCACGGGCCGUAUGCCGCGCCGUCCAUACUGUCCACAUGCGGAUGUUGAUCCCAAAACUGAACAGUUGCGGAGUCGCGUCUAACAACAGCAGCACGAAAUAAAUCAAAUCUGCGAGUAAUGCUUGUUCUGCACCCAGCAGAUACGGCUCAUCUCGUAGGGCAGCGCAAGGAGAACACUCACGACGGCAUCCAUUCGAAUUCAAAAUGUUUAGGAUGAGGCAAUGUUAACGAAUUCUCAAACAAUGGAUGGGCUUUGUUU